AUGUCUUUCGCGGCGCCGUUACGACCCUAUGGGGCGCGCGCUUUUGGGUCAUGGACCUGCGCUGCGUGUACUCGCUUGCCCAUCCAGAUGUCACGCGCCCGUAACCCAACAUUCACCGCACGGAGAUAUCUGAACACUACGCAAGAGGCGCGGCAAGUUGUCGUGCCCAGAAUGGACCAGAUACACGCGCAGUAUAAGACCAAGAACAGGACUGUUAUGAACUACGUCUUCAGCGUCAUAUUGGUUUUUGGGGCUUUAUCUUAUGGAUCUGUACCAUUUUACAAAAUGAUAUGUCAAGAGAUAGGCUGGGGCGGCCAGCCUGUCAAAUCUGCAGCCCACGGCGGCGACACCUCUCGCGACCCUUCCGAGCGACUCAAGCCUGUCGAGCAUCACCCUCGCCUGCGUAUCACCUUCAAUGGCUCCGUUUCUGACGUCCUACCGUGGAAGUUUGUGCCGCAACAGCGCGAAGUAAGAGUCCUUCCUGGCGAGACCGCUUUGGCUUUCUACACAGCCACAAAUAAAUCAGAUGAAGAUAUCAUCGGUGUGGCGACAUACUCGGUGACACCCGGGCAGGUGGCGCCCUACUUCAGCAAGAUUCAGUGUUUUUGUUUCGAAGAACAAAGAUUGAAUGCGGGCGAAACGGUAGACAUGCCAGUUUUCUUCUACAUUGAUCCAGAGUUUGCGUCGGAUAUAAACAUGAAGGGCAUUGUGACGAUUACGUUGAAUUAUACAUUUUUCAAGGCCAAGUACGACAAGGACGGACAUCUACGGCCAGUGCCUGGUGCCUAA